UCUCCAUCGUCCGAUCCUUUCUCUCUCAUCCUCUUCAAUCCCAACUAUUCUUCUUAAAUUCUAUUCACAAGAAAGGCACCACCAUCAAUAAAAAACCUUAAAAAACCUACUCCUUCAUAUUCAUAUGCAUAAACCCUUUUUUUCUCUCUUUUUUCACUCUUUUCUUCCCACCGCUUAACCUACUUCUUGCUUGCUUCUAACAAAAUCAACCCUUGUACAAGAGUAAGUAAUUUUCCCAUUUUUUCUGAAUUUUAUUCCUUCCAUCAAUUUAUUUUAUUUCACUUUAAUUAGAAUCUUGUUAGAAACCCCAAAAACGAAAGUCAAUGUUUACUCAGUUGUCGCCUUUUAAUCAACCAACCAACCAUCACUUUGUUUUUAUUUCAAUCUCGAAACUGACACAAAAAUCCUACUAAUUUGAUGCCAAAUUAGCCUCAAUUGACUUUCUUCGCCCAUACAUCUCUAUAGAGAGCAAAGAGAUCAGAACAAAGCUUUCUUUUUUAGGUUGAAGAUGCGCAGCUGCUGAUGAUAAGCACAACAAGGCUGAAGAUCCACACUUCAAAGUUGAAACACAUCUUUCCUUUUUAGGCUGGAUUUUAGAAGAGUGAAAGAUGUUUCAACCGAAUAUGUUCGAGAGCCACCACCAUCUACUGGAAAUGGGGAGUAAACCCCAUGAAAAUGAGGACUACGAGAGCAAGUCCGGCACCGACAACAUGGAGGCGCCAUCAGGCGAUGAUCAGGAUCCCAACGACCGCCCCAAGAAGAAGCCGUAUCACCGCCACACCCAGCACCAGAUCCAAGAAAUGGAAUCGUUUUUCAAGGAGUGCCCUCAUCCCGAUGAUAAACAGAGGAAGGAGCUCGGACGUCGAUUAGGGUUAGUGCCUCUUCAAGUUAAGUUUUGGUUUCAAAACAAGCGAACCCAGAUGAAGUCUCAACACGAGAGAAAUGAGAACUCGCAGCUGAGAGACGAGAACGAGAAGCUCCGGGCGGAGAAUAUUAGGUACAAGGAGGCUCUUGGCAGCGUCUCCUGCCCCAACUGCGGUGGCCCAGCCUCUGUUGGGGAGAUGUCGUUCGACGAGCAGCACCUGAGGAUUGAGAAUGCACGCUUGAGAGAAGAGAUUGAUAGGAUUUCUGGGAUAGCUGCAAAGUAUGUAGGAAAGUCAAUGCUAUCAUACCCUCAGCUCUUAUCUGGAGCAUCUGGGGAAAUUUUCGGAGCUUCUGAUAUUCUCAGGUCCAUACCCGGGCCGUCUGAAGCUGACAAGCCGAUGAUCAUCGAGCUAGCAGUUGCAGCCAUGGAGGAACUCAUCAGAAUGGCUCAAACUGGGGAGCCACUUUGGGUUCCCAGCAGUGAUGGCUUGGGUGAAGUGUUGAGUGAAGAUGAGUACAUGAAGACUUUCCCACGAGGGAUUGGCCCGAAGCCGUUGGGGUUGAGAUCCGAAGCUUCAAGAGAGUCAGGUGUGGUGAUCAUGAACCACAUCAACCUCGUCGAGAUCCUCAUGGACACAAAUCAAUGGUCUAGUGUGUUUUCGAGUAUUGUUUCCAGAGCAACUACUCUGGAGGUGUUGUCCACUGGCGUUGCAGGAAACUACAAUGGAGCUCUGCAAGUGAUGACUGCGGAGUUCCAAGUCCCUUCUCCAUUGGUCCCAACUCGAGAGGUUUACUUUGUGAGAUACUGCAAACAACACGGCGAUGGAACUUGGGCAGUGGUUGAUGUCUCUUUGGACAACCUCAGACCUGCAACCAUAUCAAAAUGCAGGCGAAGGCCAUCUGGUUGUUUGAUUCAAGAAAUGCCCAACGGCUACUCUAAGGUGACAUGGGUAGAACAUGUAGAGGUUGAUGAUAGAGCUGUGCAUAAUAUCUACAAACUAUUAGUGAGUUCAGGCCUUGCAUUUGGAGCCCGACGAUGGGUGGCAACACUAGACAGGCAAUGUGGGCGACUGGCUAGUGUUAUGGCAACUAACAUUUCAUCUGGAGAUGUAGGAGUCAUAUCUUCUCCCAAGGGUAGAAAGAGCAUGCUGAAGCUUGCUGAGAGGAUGGUGAUGAGCUUUUGCACCGGCGUGGGUGCCUCAACUGCACACACAUGGACCAUGCUUUCCGGGAGUGGAGCCGAUGAUGUGAGAGUGAUGAGUAGGAAGAGCAUGGAUGAUCCUGGGAGACCUCCUGGGAUCGUGCUCAGCGCUGCAACCUCAUUCUGGCUCCCCGUCCCCCCAAAUCAAGUCUUCGAUUUCCUGCGCAAUGAGAAUUCAAGAAAUGAGUGGGACAUUCUCUCAAAUGGUGGCCUUGUUCAAGAAAUGGCACACAUUGCUAAUGGCCGUGAUCCAGGAAACUCGGUGUCUCUCCUGCGUGUUAAUAGUCCCAACUCGAGCCAGAGCAAUAUGCUGAUACUGCAGGAGAGCUGCAGCGAUGCCACUGGCUCCUACGUUAUCUAUGCUCCCGUAGACAUCAUGGCCAUGAAUGUAGUCUUAAGCGGUGGAGAUCCCGACUACGUGGCCCUCUUGCCAUCGGGAUUUGCCAUACUACCCGAUGGAGACAACAACCAAACGAGAGGGAUCAGUGAGGUCGGAUCCUUGCUCACCGUUGCCUUCCAGAUAUUGGUCGAUUCCGUCCCCACCGCCAAGCUCUCUUUGGGCUCCGUCGCAACUGUCAACAGCCUCAUCAAAUGCACGGUUGAAAGGAUCAAAGGCGCAGUACUAAACGAUGCUGCGUGACCAAAAACGCCGCUGGUCUGAUGCAGAAGCAAUUGGUGAGUUUGUGUUAGCAGAGAUAAUUGUUUACAAAAUGAUGCAACAGGAAGAAGGGAAGAAGUCAAGAACGCACCUUGAAUUGAUCCUUGCCGAUUAAUGAGGACGACGAAAUUAGCAGGAUUUAUCAUUAAACUGCAAGGGUUAUUGGUUCGGGCAUUGACUCCACCUUCAACCACAAAUUCCAGUAAACAAAAAGACUCCUUUUCGCAUUGUAUUUGUAUCCAACUCUUUAAUCUAUUUUGUUCGGAUAUUGGACCUCCAUUAAUUUUUGAA